GUCACCACGGCCCAGCGCGGGCCUGCGCCAUCUUGCUGAAUCAUGUCGGAGAAGAAGGCGCCGGUCGACCUCGGCUUGUUGGAGGAGGACGAUGAGUUCGAGGAGUUCCCCGCUGAAGGCUGGACUGGUUUAGAUGAAGAUGAAGAUGCCCAUGUCUGGGAAGAUAACUGGGAUGAUGACAAUGUAGAGGAUGAUUUUUCUAACCAGUUAAGAGCUGAAUUAGAAAAAUUUGGAUACAAGAUGGAAACCUCAUAGGUGAAGUUCUGCAGGAUAAGAAUGUCUGUCUGGAAAAUAUAGAAUAAAGAAUUCUGCACACGUUUAAAAAAAAUGGUCUGUGGCAAAUGCAACACUGGAAGUGAGAUGUAAUAGAAACUGAAAUGUUGUUCAACAUUUACAAAGGAGGACACAAUUUUCUUGUGAAUUUUCCUUUUUAUUUUCAUAAAUUGUUUUGAAACGUAAUGUCGUCUGCAAAGCUUUUCUUCCCUCUAUAAUGGUGCCAUUCGUGGCAGAACACUAUGCCGAGUGUAAGCAUGUACAAAACCCCGAGAAUCCACAAAAUCUGCUUUACAGAUUUCAUCAAAGCUAUAAUUUUUCAGCAGGUACAAAAGAUCAAAUCAUAAAUCAAAUCUUUGUUUUUGAGAUUCAUGUAUGUCUACAUUUCACAAAAUAAAAUGGCAUUACAAAAUAAA